UAUCCUUGCACAAACUGCAAUAAAGAUGGCUGCCACAAGCAAACAGGUAUAUGCCACAAGUGUAAAGGCGGAUAUUAUGGGGACAGAUGCAUUCUUUGUCCAGAGAAUUGCUCUCGCAUCCAGGAGAAUCAGUCGUACUGUCAUCCAGAGACGGGAAUGUGUCUGCAUGGAUGCACGCCAGGGUGGUUUGGUGUUUUCUGUGAUGCCAAAUGCAGCCUGGGAUGUUUGAACGGAGAAUGUAACACUGCAGGAACACAAUGUUUGGAUGGCUGUGUCGAUGGGCGUUACGGUGACUUGUGUAAUAGGACGUGCAGUUCGCACUGUAUCAAACAGAAAUGUCACACUGAUGGGAGUUGCCUGGAAGGUUGUAUUUCUGGAUGGUCUGGCAGAGACUGUUUAGAGCGUCCACAUAUCCCAAUAGAUUACAUUACCAAGACGGAAUUUCUAAUCGGAGGUUUGGUCAUCAUUGUAAUAGUCAUUGUGAUCUCUGUUAUAGUGUAUCGUUUCAGAAGAAACAGAUCAAAAACAGUGCAUGAAGCUGGAUCAGAAUCCGCUAGAGAGACCUUAAGAGAUGAGUCGGCGAGUUCGCACCAUUAUAGCCAAAUUGAUGACAUAAGAUCGCUGAGAAAUGAGUCGGCAAGUUCGGAUGAUUAUGAUCAUAUUGACGAUAUUGACUUAAACAGCUUUACUGAAACCACAUCAGACAACAUUCGUAGGUCUCCGUCAGCCCAAUAUCUGCAUCCGUUUCUACAGCAAGGCGACCAUACUGAUGAUAACAAUAUAAUUAUUCCAAGCGAAGAACUUACAGUCAAUACUCACACAUUUAUUCGAAGAGCCCACUCAUCGGUUUAUUUACACCCUGAUUUAGAACGAUGUGAUUAUAUCGAUAAUGACACUAUAGUUCAUCAAACUGAAGACUUCUCUGACAAUAUCCAAAGCUCUCUGUGACCGUGUUGGUCCGAUCAUCUGAUAAAGAAAGGCGGUGCUUCAUACUCAAUAGUUAAAACUCUCCAAACGAUAUUCAGAGAUCUCAGUCACCACAACUGAGACUGAAGCUAGUUUGUGUGUUGUUGUUUUUUGUUUUUUUAUGGGUUUGUUUUUUGUUGUUGUUUUUUUUUUUUGGGGGGGGGGAGGGGGUUUGGGUGUUGUUGUUUUUUUUUGUGUUGUUUUUGUGGGGUUUUUGGGGGGGGGUUGUAUUUUCAAGUCUUUGUUAAUCGACAGAUUGUUAUAAAAUAUUGAAUGAAAUCAGUUUUGGGUUAUUUUGAUUUAGAGUCAGUCUCAUGGCUUGAUUUGUAACAUGGCAAUUCCUGUUUUGUUUUUUCACCCUAUUAAAUCAAACAUUUGUUCAUAAAUUCGGGUUCUUCUUUUGGCAUGGAAGACUGGGUUCACAGUGUGAAGUGCAUAUCAUGGUAAAAUUAAACCUACCAUAUAAUACCUUAAUGGGACAUUCCUGAGUCCCCACCCAAACCCCAAAUACUUGCUGC